AAGUUUUGCAUUUACAUGUCAAAAUCUUUAUGGGCGUCCGAACGAACGCAAGCUAGUCCGGUCUCGGGACCUAAUAAUUUUCCGACUGAUGAGCCAGCCAUUCGAUCACCCUCGCGAUUCCUUUCCAUGGCUGCGGCUUUCCGUCCCACGGCUUCCGUUUCCACCAAUCUCAAGCCCAUCUCCGCCGCCACGAGGUCGCCGGCAAUUGUCGGCGCUGUCGACCUCUCGACCUUGGAGAAACGAAAGCUUCCGGUGCUUCUGUUCGAUGUUAUGGACACCAUCGUCCGCGAUCCAUUUUACUAUGACAUCCCCGCCUUCUUCAAAAUGUCUAUGAGAGAAUUGCUAGAAGAGAAACACCCCACUGCAUGGGUUGAAUUUGAGAAGGGUAUGAUUGAUGAG